UUGGUCCGUUCCCUGAGUGGCAGCUACGCUCAUCCAAUGAGAUGGUGCCUCCGCAGAAAUGGCGUUUUUUUUCUGCCGGUUCUAGAAAACCAACCACGAGUUGUCGUCGUGUGGGAGAAUCCAUCUUGAAGAGAGCUCUCCGGUUGUGUGACCAGUAUAAUAGUGCAAAAUGUCUGAGACAGAGCAGCAGUACAUGGAAACAUCGGAAAACGGCCACGAAGUCGACGAUGAUUUUAACGGAGCCGACCACACCGAGGAGGGGAACGACGAGAGCGCUGUGAAUGACUGCGGAGAGGGAGAGGGAGAGGGAGAGGGGGAAGGAGAGGGCGCAGGGCCCGACGCCGACGGGAAUUCGCAAAACGGAGGCACAGAGGGCGGACAGAUCGACGCCAGCAAAGGCGAGGAGGAUGCCGGGAAAAUGUUUGUUGGUGGCCUCAGCUGGGAGACGAGCAAGAAGGAUCUUAAAGAUUACUUCACUAAAUUUGGAGAGGUGACAGACUGCACCAUCAAGAUGGACCAGCAGACGGGCCGGUCAAGGGGCUUUGGGUUCAUUCUCUUCAAAGAUGCAGCCAGCGUAGAAAAGGUUCUUGAACAGAAGGAGCACAGAUUAGAUGGCCGAGUGAUCGACCCCAAGAAGGCCAUGGCCAUGAAGAAGGACCCAGUCAAGAAAAUCUUUGUGGGAGGUCUUAACCCCGACACCUCGAAGGAAGUCAUCCAGGAGUACUUUGGGACCUUUGGAGAGGUUGAGACCAUUGAGCUCCCACAAGAUCCAAAGACAGAAAAGAGGAGGGGAUUCGUAUUUAUCACGUAUAAAGAAGAGGCUCCCGUAAAGAAGGUCAUGGAGAAGAAAUACCACAACGUCGGUGGAAGCAAGUGUGAAAUUAAAAUAGCCCAGCCCAAAGAGGUCUACCAGCAGCAGCAGUAUGGCGCCCGUGGAUACGGAGGACGCGGAAGGGGCCGUGGAGGCCAGGGCCAGAACUGGAAUCAAGGUUACAACAACUACUGGAACCAGGGAUACAACCAGAACUAUGGCUACGGACAGCAAGGCUACGGAUAUGGCGGCUACGGCAACUAUGACUACUCUGCUGGUUAUUACGGCUAUGGGGGUGGCUACGAUUACAACCAGGGCAAUACAAGCUAUGGGAAAACUCCAAGACGUGGAGGCCACCAGAAUAGCUACAAGCCAUACUGAUCACACGUAGUGCAGGUCUAAAGUAAAUAAGAAAAAGAGAUCCAUGGUCUGACCACAACGAACAUGGGCUCUGGCUUUUCCUUUGGAGUUGGCAGAAAUUUGGACUCAUGCUCCAUUUGUACAGAUCAAGUGAGGAACUGGGGAAGCAAAUGUCACUUUUCCACUUUUUAUUUUAUAUUGUUUUGUGUCCAUUUACAUUUCCAGUGAUGGAAGUGUUAUUUUUACUGUACUUUUUGGUACCUUUUUGAAUCUAAUGUAUUGUAUGGUUGUAUUUUUACAUGUCUACUGGAUUUACAGAUGAGCAGGAGCAAGAGCUUUUAAAGCUCACAAAUAAAACAAUUUUGCUUUUUUUUUUUCCUUUCCUUUUUGGUGUUUCUAGAUCUUUAGUUAUUUUCUCCUGUGCUGAAUGUUGGAUGCGAGUUGCAUGGCUUCAGAUGUGGGGUGAGGCAAAAAAAAAUAAGGGAUUUAAACUAAUCAAAGGGUUCAUUGUAAGCGUGUCAAGUUAAUGUUUGCAGAUGGCCUAGUAGACGAAGACAACCAGCAUCUUUAUUUUCUUUUCUUUUUUUUUCUUUUGGCUUUUAAGGAGAUUCUUCCCCCAUCAUGUCUGCAAUUUUAAGUGGCUUUACUAGUGUUAUUCAACUGAACGCAAGCCUGUUAAUGUAAGAGGGUACUCCCUCUCUCACUGGAAACUCAUUCCUCUAGUGUCUUGGGCAAAUUGGUAGAAAUAAACUUUUGGUUUAUAUUA